CAUAAAUAUUUUUAUUACUUUGACAGGCACAUACGAGAAAAAAGCGAGUAAAUAGCAGCUUAAACAGUAGUUUACGGAUGCAUGCCAGUUUCGGCCGUUGGCCAAAACAUUGGUAGUUUAGUUCAAACAAGAGGCAACACAAAUCUAAUCCAAUUUCCAAUCAUUUCUGGGCAACAUCACCUUAAUCUUCAAUGGCAAUAGAUUUAUCUGAGGGUGAAUAUGCUCUUCAACAAAACACAUCCAAUAUUCAAAUUAUUCAACUCAAAUUAACGGAUUCUGCGCUAAGAGCUGUUGAAUCGUACCAGAAUCUACAGGGAGACAGAGUAAGCAAACCAACCAUUCGCUUCAAUGGAAACCAGGGGAGCAUAAGGAUACCUACCGACGGUGGAAAUGACACGCAAACUUUUACAUUCCAAUUAUCAGCAUUGAACCAAUCCGCAGCUAUAGAUGGUGUGCAGCAGUAUUAUACCGGAGAUACAAGAGGCCGUAUCUCUAUUAUGGGGGCAAUUCAGCACAAGAUCACGGUUAACGCAAACGACGAAUCGUACAACGCAACGCGUAAACGCAUGACAUUGGUAAAAGAACAAGAGCAAAAAACAAGCACAAAAGAGAUUAAACAACCAUCUUCAUCUAAACUUGGAAAAAAGAAGCUUGUUAAUCGUCGAAUCCGAGACCAACAUUUAAAUAAUGUCCGUACGUCCACACCCCCACCUGGUAGACCAACCAAUAAUACAUCAUUUGCAAGAUCUGCAUCUCCCCUCACCACAGCUCCCAACCGAUCCGUCUCCCCCGUCACCGGGAGUGUCUCGGAGGCGGGGAUCAGGAACAAAACCAAACCCAUCCUCUCAUCUUUUGCUUCAUCAUCUUCCCAACCUACUACCGCACAAAGUGGAGGAAAACCACUCAGCGAACGAGUGACGCACUACCUUGCACUGCGUCCCCUCAAGUUCCAGGAGUUGAUGAUUAGGUUGAGUCGAGAUCAAGGACAACCCGAUGCUGCAAAGUUGCGCGGGAUCCUACAACAGGUUGCAGCCUCACGUACAGUGGGCAUGGGUGUGCAGGAGUUUGUGUUGAACAAACAACUAUUAAACGAGGUUCAUGCUGAUUGGCCGGGUUAUACUGAGGAGGAGAGGGUGCAAGUUAGAAGGAAGUUAGCAGAAUUUACAAUCAAGUCAUCGGAGAAUCGGAAGCGACCUGCUGGGGGAACCCCCGAAACCGCUACUCGUGACACCCCUAAUACUUCACCCCAAUCCAAGAACGAGGAUUACACAAACCCGCUACGUAAGAAGCAGCGAGUUUCGCUUUACCAGAAGACGAGCCCGAGUGGUCCAAGGUCCGUGUCUCCCCUGGAAACAAGCGGGAUGUUGAGUUUGAGCUCCACGGUCGCUCCCGCUAUUAUUUCGGGUAAGAUCGCUCAACUCAAAGAAGAGGAAACACCAUCCGCAUCCUUUGAUCGAAACUCAAGCCCGAAAAAAAAGAACGCAGAUGAAAACCAGAGGCCUGGGAGCGCAAACAGCCGUAGCAGUAAGCCAAGCCCCAAACCCAUGGCUCGGUUAUCGCCCAAGAAACCCGAUCCAGAUGUUUCUCCUUCUAAAAACUCCUCUCUCAACACAAGCACUCAAAGAAGAUCAGAUCAAACAAGAAGAGCAAAUCCACCCAAACAAGCGAAUGAACAAAACAGAGCGAAUGAUUCAUUCGCUGCUUUCGAAAAUCAAGAAGCUAUUCUUGAUACAAGCAGAAACAAUCCUAAUAAAACACAAGAUGAAUUCCUAAAAAAAUACAAAGUAAUAGAAGGCAGUGACCAAAGGAACAAAUACCGACAAGAUUUUUCAGCCGAAUACAAAGAAUAUCUUCUACUUUACGCAAAGGUUGCAGCGGAAGCCAAGAGGUUUGCAGAGUGGCAGAUGCAGUUGAAGGAACAAAAAGAAGGAACUGACCAGUACAAGGUCAUCCAAAGGAGGGUGUUACAUGAAUACUCCAAACUUAAAGAGAACGCAGAGUACUGGAAAGACCGCACCCGUAUGCAGUAUUUACACCGCAAGUUGAAACACAUCAAAGAACUCGUUCUGCAAUACGACAGUCGGCAAGCGGAGAUCGAUAGACCGCGAGACUCUCGGCGGGAAAAACGGUCCCGAGUUCCCGCGUCCGACGAUGACGACGACGAUCCCCGCGCCCACGCCCACAACCGCUCAGCGAACGUUGUGCGAAAGCGCCCGGUGCUCACCGCUUAGUUAAUGCUGUUCCAGCCGAACGGUUGUAGCACUUUUCACCACAGCUAGUGCGCAGAUUUCUACGAUACAGACUUCUAUAAAAUCGAAACAAAAAAUAUGUACUGGUGCGAGACAUUUUUUUCUCGUUUACUUUCCGAAAUCUUAAGAGAAAAGAAUGUUCUUAAAAUCCCUAAAGGCGUUUUUUUUCAAACAUUGUAAACAAACAAAACAAAAUCAUCUUACCUCACCUUCAAUUCUCUUGCGCCCACUACCGGUCUUGAUUUUCAAGGUACUUCCACCACUUCGAGUCCCGGACGUCUCUUCUUAUCUCACUGUGUCCUUUCUAAGUUACUGUCGCUUUAUUUAUUGCCCACCAAGGCAAGCGACAAAUACGUCUAAGAAAACCUUCGCCUACACAAUACUAUAGGUGUACGGGCGUAUGCGCAAUAACUUUGCCAGCGAAUGCCUUUCCGACGCCCGAAAAAGCUCCCACCAUUUUCGUUUGCCCAUUCUUCAUACCCAUUGCUUUGCCUAUAGCUAUAACACAACCCGCAACCCCACCACCCGAUAAUUGAAUAUUUAAAUUUGCCUCCCGCAACAUCAGAGCUACGUUUCCAUUGCUUAAGCCGCUUAUUUCAAAAUACCUGCAGCCAAAAUACGAGUCUUUUGAAAUUCAAUCCAUUUUUUAACUUCACACAACCUAAUAAUGGCAACGUAUAAGCACAUACAUAAUAAUGACGUUUUUUAAUUGACAAUUUUUACUGCUUUUCUAUUGCAAAUGUGCCUGCGUGUUAUGUCACCUGACUAGAAGUAUUUUGCGUUACCACAGUUAUGCUUCGAGCUACUGGACCUAUUAGUCCGUAUGCUCCUUUUAGAAGCAAUAUUUAUCUCUACCCCACUGGAGAAAAUAUUCCGAUACCCACGACCUAACGUCCUUAGCGUGCGGGUAGUUACAUCUUUAUUGUCUUUGGUCGCUUUUCCAGCACCUUCGACAUAUCAGUUCAUAUUUAUUCUAUCUUUUGAACUCAAACGUUCACUUUGCCAUGCAAGUAUCAAUAGAGCAAAUGGUCACUUAAUAUAGUACCAUAAUAUAUAUGCUCCCGACUGUACCCCUGUACACGUCGAAAAAGCGCCAAUGUGCGCAAAAGUAAAGAACGAAAUCGUUCUAGGAGAUAAGAGGGCACACCGAGGCGCAAAGUCGCUCUCGGGGCACUGUUGGUUUCUUGGUAGCUUAACAGCCAGCCAAGCUUCUGCUGCCAACUGUUUUAAGUUGUCCAGUGCCAAAGAUAAUUGCAUUGCAUGGCUUGACCUGCUGUACAGGUGCUUGCACCUACACACACGUACACAAAAUGCUCUUCCCUCCCCAAUGUUUCAUGCAUAUUUCUCCGUUUCUCGAAAAUAAAAAAAAUAAACAAUUAAACAUGA